CCUGUCUGUUCUCCACUUUAGGCUGCCCGGGCGCUCAUGAUGCUCUCCUGCGUCACCUCAGUCCUGGCAUCUCUGGUGUCUGUAAUGGGGAUGAAGUGCACCCGCUUUGCUCGUGGCUCCUUAAUCAAGUCUCCUCUGGUGCUAAGUGGAGGGAUCUGUUUCCUCUGUGCUGGCCUACUCUGCCUGGUCACCGUGUCCUGGACCACCAAUGAUGUUAUCAUGGAUUUCUACGAUCCCUUCCUGCCCAGCGGGUUCAAGUACGAGAUCGGCCUAGCUGUGUACCUGGGUUACGCCUCUGCCUUCCACAGUCUGACCGGAGGACUGGUGCUAUGCUGGAGCAGCAGUGGCAGCAGGUCACAGAGGCCCCUCCAUGUGCAGAGGAGUCAACCACUAUCACCUCCCCCUGCCUUCAACCACAUAUAUCCUCCUGCUCCACCCUACAAGCCCCACGAGGCCCUGAAGGACAAUCAUGCGCCCUCACUUUGCUCCCUUUCCAGCAGUGGCUACAGGCUCAAUAACUAUGUCUAAGACUUGGGGAAAUAAUAAUACAAUAACUGAAAAUCCAUGGGGACUUUUAUGAACAAAAAAGACUUCUCCAACUUAUUUUAAACAUCUUAACAAGUACUUUAGUUUCCCUUAUACGUAAUACAAGUUUUAAAAAAUGGAAAAGGAGAGACCAGCAUGUUGCUUCGCCAUGUUUGACCGCAAAUCUGAUUCUGAAAGGAUAUCGCAGUUUAACAAGCUGCUCAAGCUGUCGUCUAACUUUAACAUGACCAGGUCUGAGAGCCUAACAAAACUCUUGGUGUGUGUGAAAGAAGUGAGAAGUCAAACCUGCUGACCUACUGCUAUGUACCUGAAGGACCAGAAGAUGGCAAUAUUUUACUGCAGAUAACCACAAAAGCCACAUUAUAAACAUUCAGAUUGCACUUUGUAUGCUGUAACACACAUGUAAAUGGAUAAGCUAUUGCUCUGUCACUUGUGUUGUAGCCUACUUUCUAGUUAGAGCUGGACAAUAUAUUGAUAUUAUAUCUAUCAUGAUAUGAGACUAUAUCUUCUUAGAUUUUGGUUUUCGUAAUAUCUCAAGUGUUGUCUUUUCCUGAUUUUUAAGGCUGCAUUACAGUAAAGUGAUGUAAUUUUCUGAACUUACAGACUGUUAAAGCUGUUUUAUUAUUUGUCUUUACCCACUUAGUCAUCAUAUCCACAUUACUGAUGAUUAUUCAUCAAACAGAUCAUUGUGUAAAUGCUGUGAAUUCACCAAAAGUCAACCUUAUCAUUGCAAUGAUAGUCAACAAGCCGAUACAGCGCACACGAGAGGACUGCAUUGCCUCUUCUUUUAAUGUAUUUUUCAUUUGAAAUUAUGUUUCCUUCCUUUUUUUCCUGACAUUUGCUGGUGUUUCCUGCCAUCACCUCCAUGAAGUUGUAAGGACUGCAUGGGACAUGUGCUUUUGAAUGAGUUCACCUAUCACUGCAAUAUCAUUAUCAAGGUAUUUGUUCAAAAAUAUUGUGAUAUUUAAAUUUUUCCAUUUCACGUAGCCCUUAUUCUCUUUGCGAUUAACUUUUUUCUGAAAGCCAAUUUAGAUAUGAUGGUUCUUUUGAGGAAGCUGAUGAUAUUUUAUCCCGGUAUUUAAUAUUUUCAUGCCAAAGAACAUUAAAAAAAAAAGACAA